AUGUCCAAGCUCAUCACUAUAUUCGGUGCGACUGGUAACCAAGGUGGUUCGGUUAUCAAGCACAUUCUUGAAGAUCCUCAACUCUCCAAGGAGUAUAAAAUCCGUGGUAUCACGCGCGAUACCUCCAAGAAGUCAGCUCAGGAUCUUGUCAAGCAAGGUGUUGAAGUUGUAUCGGCCGAUUUGAACUCAGUCGAGUCUUUGACCGAGGCUCUGAAAGGGUCUCAUACCGUUUUCCUUGUCACUAACUACUGGGAAACCGCAAACGGCGAUAUCGAGUAUGCCCAAGGCAAGAAUGUGACUGAUGUGGCUAAAGAUGUGGGCGUGUCUUACCUUAUCUUUUCGUCACUUUUCCAUGUCACAGAGGAAACCAAAGGGCGCUUGGCCCAUGUUCCCCAUUUUGACAGCAAAGCCAACAUCGAAAAGUACAUCAGAGCCUCUGGGGUUCCCUCUACCUUUGUGCUCCCUGGGUACUACAUGAGCAACUUCACUCAGAUGAUCAACAAGGCCGCCGACGGUUCGUAUCAGCUGUUCUACCCCGUUGAUGGCAAGAAGUCCAAGUUCCCUCUCUUCGAUGCUGCCAAAGACACUGGACUUUUCGUCAAGGGGGUCCUCAAGAAUGCGGACAAGUUGUUGGGAAAGCAAGUAUUGGAAGCUACCGCCUAUUACAGCCCCGAAGAAAUCGUUGAUACUUUCUCUCAGGUUACCGGGAAGAAGGCGUCCUUCGUCAAGGUCACCCCCGAGCAAUAUCGUGCAUCGUUGCCAGAGGCUAUUGCUGAGGAGUACUUGGAGAAUCAGUUGUUCGUCGAAGAUCCCGGCUACUUCCUUGGGAAAUCCUUAGAUGAUAGCUUGGUGCUGUUGGAUUCCAAGCCCACAACUUGGGCUGAAUUUGUUCAAAAGAACGCCGCUGCCUGGGAUUGA